GUAUGAAUUUAACUUCAAAUGUUUAACUAAGAUGUUAAAGCACUGAGAGUCCUCACUGCUCAAAAUUCUCGAUUUGGCUAACAUCAUUUUUUUCGAAAUUAUUUUGGUGUAAAAUUAAAACGUUUUAUUGGGGACCCUCUGUUUACCAGGACAUCCAUUCCGAAUUCCGUUCAAUAUGUGCGACAAGCCUGCCUGCCCCCCGCCCCCGCGAUGCUGUCCACCGCCCCCGCCCCCCUGUCGACCACCGCCCACUUUGUGGCAGAAGAUAAACUGCGUGCCCUGCAACCGAUUCUUUUUCUUCCUGAUCGGGGCUGGCAUUGGCCUCUACUGGGACCACAUGAAGAAGGAGGCCCAAAAGGCGGCUGAGGAGGCCAACAAGUCGCCCAAGGAGAAGGAGAAGGAGGCCAAGGAGCGCGAGAAGAAGCAGAAGGAGAAGGAAAAGGCCGACAAGGAGAAGGCCGAAAAGGAGAGGAAAGAAAAGGAGAAGGCCGAGAAGGAAAGGAAAGAAAAGGAGCGGAAGGACAAGGAAAACAAGGACAAGGGCAAGGAAAAGGGCAAGGAGGGCAAGUAACGCUGAAGAGCACCUAAACGGUGAUGUCCCGAACAAGGAUGCUUUGCCACGAAAUUCGUAUCACCUGCCAAUCAUUUCUACAAUUAAAAAAUUUCAAGUGCAUUAAAUGGACGACUUAAAAAUCA